UACGAGGGCGAGCGCAACGAGGCGGGUGAGUACGAGGGGCGCGGCGUCUUGCGGCUCGCCAGCGGCGACGUCUACGACGGCGAGUGGAAGGCGGGCUUGUUCGAAGGGCGCGGCGUCUACCGGUUCGCCAACGGCGAAAUCUAUGACGGCGAGUGGAAGGCGGCUGAGCGGGAGGGGCGCGGCGUCUACCGGUCCGCCAACGGCGACGUCUACGAGGGCGAGUGGAAGGCGGGAGAGCGGGAGGGGCGCGGCGUCUACCGGUUCGCCGACGGCACCGUGUGCGAAGGCGAGUACAAGGCGGGUGAGAUGGAGGGGCGCGGC